UGCAACGUGUGUUGGAUAAUUCUGGAAGAAGCUCUACAAUUCGCUUCUAUUCAGUCCGACGACAAGUAACCGCAGCUCGGCCUGGACCCACCGCCUGAAGACCGGACCCACCGCAUCUCAGCCCUGUCGUCACACAGCUGCCCGACAGCAACCCUUGCUAACUUUAUUCAUACCACAACAACUUGUAUUAAUAAACUCAACUAGCCUGCUGCUGCUAGUUAGCCCGCUGUUAGCUUUCCCUUAGCCUGUUUGCUGUUAGCCGACUUGUCAAAAUGUUGGGUGUCGCUAGAAGCGUUUCCAGAACUCUAACUCCGACACGGGCCUGUGUCACCGGAGACGUGUCCUCCAUGCUGAAAAAGGCAUGCUGGAGCAGCGGCUUCCAGCCAGAUGUUCUCAGAGCUCUGUCCAGGAGGGAGUAUGCGUCGGAGGCCAUCAAGGGCUCCGUCAUUGGCAUUGACCUGGGAACCACCAACUCAUGUGUCGCAGUCAUGGAGGGGAAACAAGCCAAGGUGUUGGAGAAUGCAGAAGGAGCCAGGACAACCCCUUCAGUCAUCGCCUUCACAGCAGAUGGGGAGCGUCUUGUGGGCAUGCCCGCCAAACGCCAGUCUGUGACCAACCCUCAGAACACACUGUUUGCCACAAAGAGGCUGAUUGGACGCCGCUUUGACGACCCUGAGGUCCAGAAAGAUCUGAAGAACGUCCCCUUCAAGAUUGUGCGUGCAUCUAAUGGAGAUGCUUGGGUGGAGGCUCAUGGGAAAUUGUACUCCCCCAGCCAGGCUGGAGCCUUCGUCCUGAUGAAGAUGAAGGAGACUGCUGAGAACUACCUAGGAACUAAAGUGAAGAACGCUGUGGUCACUGUACCGGCCUACUUCAACGACUCUCAGAGACAGGCUACCAAAGAUGCUGGUCAGAUCGCUGGUCUGAACGUCCUGCGUGUGAUCAAUGAGCCAACAGCGGCUGCGCUGGCCUACGGCCUGGAAAAAACCCAGGAUAAAAUUAUUGCUGUGUAUGAUCUGGGUGGAGGUACGUUUGAUAUCUCAGUCCUGGAGAUCCAGAAGGGAGUGUUUGAGGUGAAGUCCACCAACGGUGACACCUUCCUGGGGGGAGAGGACUUUGACCAUCACCUUCUCCAACACAUUGUUAAGGAGUUCAAGAGAGAGUCUGGUGUGGAUCUGUUGAAAGACAACAUGGCUCUUCAGAGAGUCCGAGAAGCUGCUGAGAAGGCCAAGUGUGAGCUGUCCUCUUCACUGCAGACUGACAUCAACCUUCCUUACCUGACCAUGGACGCCUCUGGCCCCAAACACCUCAACAUGAAGCUGACCCGAUCUCAGUUUGAAGGCAUCGUGGCUGAUCUGAUCCGGCGAACCGUGGCUCCCUGUCAAAAGGCCUUGCAGGAUGCUGAGGUGUCAAAGGGAGACAUUGGAGAGGUGCUGCUGGUCGGAGGCAUGAGCCGCAUGCCCAAGGUUCAACAAACAGUUCAGGACCUGUUCGGCCGCGCUCCCAGCAAGUCCGUCAACCCCGACGAGGCCGUUGCCAUAGGAGCAGCCAUCCAGGGUGGGGUUUUGGCCGGUGAUGUCACUGAUGUCCUGCUGUUGGAUGUCACACCCCUGUCUCUGGGUAUUGAGACCCUGGGCGGAGUCUUCACCAAACUCAUCAACAGGAACACCACCAUUCCCACCAAGAAGAGCCAGGUGUUCUCCACGGCUGCGGACGGACAGACGCAAGUGGAGAUCAAAGUGUGUCAAGGAGAGAGGGAGAUGGCAGCAGACAACAAGGUGCUGGGUCAGUUCACUCUGGUGGGAAUCCCCCCUGCCCCCCGCGGCGUCCCUCAGGUUGAGGUCACCUUUGACAUUGACGCCAACGGCAUCGUCCACGUCUCGGCCAAGGACAAGGGGACAGGCCGAGAACAGCAGAUUGUGAUCCAGUCAUCAGGAGGGCUCAGCAAAGACGACAUCGAGAACAUGAUCAAGAAUGCCGAGAAGUAUGCAGAGGAGGACCGGAGGAGAAAGGACCGGGUGGAGGCCGUCAACAUGGCCGAAGGCAUUGUACAUGACACCGAAUCCAAGAUGGAGGAGUUCAAGGACCAGCUUCCUGCUGAAGAGUGCACCAAGCUCAAGGAGGAGAUUUCGAAGGUCAGGGAUCUUCUAGCCAACAAGGACUCUGAAACGGGAGAGAACAUCAAGCAGGCGGCCAGCAGCCUGCAACAGGCCUCACUCAAACUCUUCGAAAUGGCCUACAAGAAGAUGGCAGCAGAGAGGGACGGCGGCAGCGGCGGCGGAUCAAGCUCAUCAGAGGGCGAGAAGAAAGAAGGCCAGCAGUAGAGCUUUGCACCAUAGUCACUGGGUUUCCAUGACAACGGAGGGCCGUCUGGACUGGCUGGAUCUCAGUCAUUCUCUCUAUAAUAUAUUAUUCUACUGUGUUUUGGCAGUAAAUCCUCU